AUGCAGUCAGCAAGAAAAUUAUUUUACCUCCUCGUCUCUCUAGUUCUCUCUCUUCCUGCCACCGCCCACAUCCCCGUCUCCGCUACUGACUGGUCGCCGGAACCACCUCCAGUGAACCUACUUUUCCCCUCCGACGCUGACGCUAUUCUAUCGUUUAAAUUCAAAGCCGACUUAGACAACAAACUUCUCUACACACACAACGAGCCAUUCGAUUACUGUUCAUGGCAAGGCGUCAAGUGCGUCCAAGGCCGAGUUUUCCGUUUCGUCCUACAAAGCUUUGGCCUCCGGGGAACCUUCCCCGCCGGCACGUUGACUCGUCUCGACCAGCUCCGAGUCCUGUGUCUGAACCACAACUCACUCACCGGUCCGAUUCCCGACUUUUCCUCACUCGUCAACCUCGAAACACUCUUCCUCGAUCACAACUCUUUUUCUGGAACUUUCCCUCUCUCUUUCCUUUUUCUUCACCGUCUCCGAGCUCUCGAUCUCUCUCGCAACAACUUCACUGGUCCGCUCCCUUUGAACCUAACGGUUUUGGACCGGCUCAACUAUCUCCGGCUCGACUCAAACCGGUUCAAUGGCACAAUUCCUCCUCUCAACCAAUCUUUUCUCCAAGUCUUCAAUGUGUCUAACAACGACCUUACCGGACCAAUACCAGUGACGUCGACUCUGUCACACUUCGACAUGUCUCCGUUUACCGAUAACCCCAACGUGUGUGGUAAGAUUAUCAACAAACCAUGCCGUUCUUCGCCUUUCUCCGAAUCGCCGUCAAGUGCCGCUUCGCCACCUGAGCAGCUAAAUCAAAAUUCACAGGGACAAUUGGCGGCCCUCUCUCCUUCGAUUUCAAAAACUCACAAGAGAAUCGGUAUAAUUCUAGGGCUUGUUAUCGGAGUUGUAAUUCUAAUAGCAGGAAUUCUUAGUCUUUUUGCAUUGCUCAAGAAUCGAAGAUAUCAGUUUGAUUCAAAAUCAACAAUGUAUAAAGUAAAUACAAAUGCUAUAAACACCACAACACAAUAUGUGAAUACAGAGUUAGACGGUAAAGAGAAACAACCACAAGUACCUCAAUUCCAGGAGAAGAUCGGAAACUUUGUGUUUUGUGCCGGUGAGAGGCAACUGUAUACUCUCGAGCAGCUAAUGAAGGCUUCGGCGGAGUUGCUAGGAAGAGGAACGAUUGGGUCUACAUAUAAGGCGGUGAUGGAUUAUCAACUGAUUGUGUGUGUCAAAAGGCUCGAUGCUGGUAAGACUAAGAUAACGAGUGGAGAGAGGUUUGAAAGGCACAUGGAAGGUGUUGGAGGGCUUCGGCAUCCGAAUUUGGUGGCGGUUAGGGCUUAUUUUCAGGCCAAACAAGAGAAGUUGAUUAUAUAUGACUAUCAGGCUAAUGGUAGUCUCUUCAAUCUCCUUCAUGGUUCGAGAUCAGCAAGGACAAAACCUCUGCACUGGACAUCAUGCUUGAAGAUAGCAGAAGAUGUGGCUAUGGGCCUAGUGUUCAUCCACCAAAAAUCAAAACUCAUCCAUGGCAACCUCAAAUCCACCAAUGUACUCCUUGGUCCUGACUUUGAGGCCUGUCUCGCAGACUAUUGCCUCGCCAUCCUCGCAGAUUCAACUUCGAACGAUGAUCCUGAUUUAGUAGGCUAUAAAGCCCCCGAGAUACGCAAGUCCAACCGCCAGGCCACUUUUAAGUCGGAUGUCUAUGCCUUUGGCAUCCUCUUGCUAGAGAUAUUGACGGGUAAACCUCCAUCCCAGCAUCCAAUCCUCGAGCCCAGUGAUCUUCCAAAUUGGGUCAGAGCAACGAGGGAAGAUGAUAGUGAGGACAUUAACUGUCUCGGACUGCUGGUCGAGGUAGCUGGUAUUUGUAGUUCGACCUCACCGGAACAGAGGCCGGCAAUGUGGCAAGUGUUGAAGAUGAUAGAGGAGAAAGUUAAGCGGUUCAAUAAUCCACUACUACAAGUCCACAUUCGGCAGGUCAAUGAGUUGCAAGCCCAGGGGCUAGACCUGGCAGCCCAAAACCAAGGCCCGCCAAGAAGAAGCAAAAGUCGCAAUCAACCAACCGAUUUUCACCCGAACCCCGCUGAUCCUGCACAAACUGAAGGAUAUCACCUAUUCAUCCAGGAUGCUAUCGAGUACAAGAAGAGGGUUCGACAGCAGGCCAAGCAGUACCCAUCUCUCCUGUGA